ACAGUUUGUCACUGACUUCGCUGUUGUAUGGUUGUCAUUCGAUCCUCUAUACAAAAACGUGAUAGAUGAAUGGAAAAUAAUUAACAAAAACACAGCGAUAGUCUGUUAAAACUUAAACGAAAUUUGUCGUCGUGGGUAUUUUAAUAAAAGUGAAAAUUCCCGUGCAGUGUACACUUCAAUAGGACACCGCCAUGAUCGAUGUGGAAAACAAAGAUGGCGGAAUAAUACGGUGAUCAAAACGCGUUAUUGUAUAGCGUUAUGUGCGGUGGUAGGUGGAGGUUGCAACAGUGUCGGGACCCUUGAACGAGGAGGAGAGGCGCGAUGGAGGCGAGGCCGGGGUAAUGCCGCCGCGGCCUGCGGCCGGCCGCGCGGCCAUGGCGGCCGAAGAAGAACGAACGCCGUUCCCUCUAUUUACCGCCGUCUACGACUAUGUAGCACAAGGAGAAGAUGAGCUCUCUCUUCGGAGGGGUGAAAUCGUGGAAGUCUUAUCAAAAGACUCUAAUAUAUCGGGCGAUGAGGGCUGGUGGACGGGCAAAAUCGGAGAUCGCGUCGGUAUAUUUCCUGCAGUCUACGUGACCGAAGAGGAUCCCCUAACUGUAGAGCCUCCACAAGUAUCGUUCAGCGAACUGAAACUGGAGGAAGUGAUUGGAGUGGGUGGAUUCGGUAAAGUUUAUCGUGGAUACUGGAACGAUGAGGUCGUGGCGGUCAAAGCCGCACGACAGGACGCAAACGAGGAUAUCGAUGUAAUUAAAGAGAGUGUUUUACAAGAAGCGAGACUCUUUUGGGUGUUAGAGCAUGAGAAUAUAGUGUCAUUGAAAGGUGUUUGUUUAGAGGAGCCAAAUUUGUGUUUGGUGAUGGAGUAUGCUCGCGGCGGGCCCUUAAACCGAGUUUUGUCCGGUAGAAAAAUUCGACCCGAUAUAUUAGUGGACUGGGCGAUACAAGUCGCGCAAGGGAUGGAGUAUCUACAUUGUGGUGCACCAAUGUCACUCAUACACCGAGAUCUGAAGAGUUCAAAUGUGCUGCUCAGCGAGGCGAUACUACCUGACGACACGUUGGAAGAUAAAACGCUCAAGAUCACCGACUUUGGACUGGCUCGAGAAGUUUACAAGACCACCCGGAUGUCCGCUGCGGGCACCUAUGCCUGGAUGCCGCCGGAGGUGAUAAAAAACUCCACCUUCUCACACGCGUCAGAUGUUUGGUCCUACGGAGUCCUGUUAUGGGAAUUGCUAACCGGCGAGACACCAUACAAAGGCAUCGACGCACUAGCUGUAGCGUAUGGCGUGGCCAUCAACAAACUAACGUUGCCUAUACCUAGCACCUGUCCAGAUCCUUGGAAAGUCCUCAUGAAAGCAUGUUGGCAUUCGAAUCCCCGUGAGCGGCCGCAGUUCCCUGAGAUCCUGGAACAAUUAGAACACAUCAAGCAGUCGGAGUUUACAAGAGCACCCCACGAGUCCUUCCACACGAUGCAGGACGGCUGGCGGAUCGAGAUCGAGGAGGUAUUAAGGGAUCUCAGACGGAAAGAAAAGGAAUUACGCUGGCGUGAAGAGGAACUGACAAAAGCUCAGUUACAACAGAGACUGAUGGAACAGAACCUGCAACAAAAAGAAAGAGAACUGCAGAUGAGGGAAUUCGAUCUAGUGGCCAGAGAAUUGCAUAUAUUAAUCUUCGCCAGCAACAUGUCGCAUCCACCGCCGCAGCCCAAUAAAAGGAAGGGUAAGUUUAGCAAAAUGAAACUUGUGAAGAAGGACACAAUAUCGUCCCCUCUGGACUUCCGGCACACGCUGACUGUGCGUCCCUCGGACGACGAGUCGAGCGUGAAACAGCUGGUCGCCGUCGCCAAGGACACGCCACCCGGCUCGCCCGCUAUCAUGAGGGCCAUCGCCCUGCCCGCGGACGGCGUGAAGGGCAAGACGUGGGGCCCGUCGUCGGUGCACCAGCGGUCGCGCGGGCACCUGCCGCUGCCGGCGCUGCGGCCGCGGCCCGCGCCCCGCAGCGCGUGCUCGGCGCCCGACCUGCCGCCCGCGCCCCGCGCGCCGCCCCCAGGUUGUUUUCUUCCUUACACAGACUUCAGUCCUGAGGAAUGGGGACCCGAGUUCCCUUUGAGCACGUCAUCGAGAUAUUCUGUACCUAUGCCGACAUUAUACAGCACAGAAGGUUACAAGUACAAGAAGCCCAGUAUAAUAGAAUUGGUUUUAUACAAUAUGGCGGCGCUUCUGGGCGGUGUCGCUGCAGGAUAUGAUGUGAGGGUUUCAAAUAUUAGCCCCUUGCAUCCGACGCUGCAACCCCACAGGCCUGAAGUAGAAACGGAGCCUCUCAGCUCAUCUCUGUAUGACGGCUAUGGUUUCGCACACAACACUUACCACGGACCUACGAGACAUUUGAGAGCGCCACUCAACGCUAUAACUGGAUCACCUAUAACGAGCCUACAGACGGAAGAACAGAAACCUAUACGCUUCACUGAUUCACCCACGCAUUACGCUCAUCCUUCAUCAUCAUCCGGAUAUGGACACUCAGCCCAACCGCUUUCUGGAACUUCUGGACUUGGUACCAACUAUACAUCCACUCAACCACCGACUCCAUCUCCGAGGCGGACGUCGUCUACAACGUCAGACCAUCUUGCUGAUCUAUACCACAAUUAUAGAGAGAACUUCCAACCAUCGCCCUCACAAGAUAGAGACUAUUAUUAUAGAGCGGAACCAUAUGCAUACGAUAGGACAGCUGAUUACGUGGUUAAACAUCCAUAUUAUGGGUAUGAUGAAUGUUCCUUUGAAUACAGAGAGCCAACUCCCGACUACCGACCACCGGCGCAAUACCUCACUCACAGACGGACCCCCUCAAAUUCAUCCGCAACAAAUUCCCACGCUGAAGAAUUUUCGCCGUCGAGACAAUACAGAACUGACAAAUACGCCUCUAAAGAUAGAAGGGAUGACUACCGUUCACCAAAAAAUGAAUAUCCAAGAAAAACUAGCGAUUAUUCCUUACCACGAGAUUUUUAUAGACAAGAAUCUCAAGAGAGACCCGAAGUAGAAAGGCCGGCGAACCUCGGUUUAGAAUUAGCGCCUACUAAGCUACGGUCGAGCUUAAAGAAAUAUAAUAAAAAGACGAGCGCGUCUGGUGGUAGUUCUGGUGGGGGAACACCAACCAAUCCGACUCCUCCAGACAGUUUGACAAGCGAAACGGACAGUUCGUACGUGUCGGCUCGCGAUGCGUCCAGCGGAUCACAAUCUCGGGUUCGAUUCAGUCCAGAAACGAUGGAAGGCAAUACCACGGAGAGAAGGCCGUCGCGACACUCGUAGCGAAGGCUAAAGAAGUUCAACGACUACCUUGUUUGAUUUCACAGCGGGACUGUAAAUACGCUUGCGGGUAGUACGUGGAACGCUUGUUAUGCUUCUUAGCAGAAUAGACGCCCUCUCGCAUUAAAAUUGCAAAGUCGCGAUCUACUGUCAGAUUUUGUGGUUACUAGUUAUGAUUUUACAUAAGACGUUUUUACAAUCUAUUGCUAAUAAUGUGUACUAGCAACGAGUAAGGUAUAUGUUAUUGCAGUGUGCCUACGAAAAAUUUACGUAUAAAAACUGGCUAAAUUGUAAGACCAUUACUGUUAAUUUUACAUUUAUUUAUAAUAUAACUUUAGAAUUGGAUUUUAAAAUGUCUUAUAUAAAAUUGUUGUGAAAAAUACACAAAACUUUAUGAGAUUUCGGCAUUGCUACACUAUUAGACAAGUAAUCUCAACAUGUAAGUGUCUUACAUAGACAUAUUGCUGAGCGAUUUUAAUAUAUUUGAUUAUGCCAUGACACGGGCUUCUUUUUAAACACUGUUGGUUGUUUGCGGUAGCUAUAAUUAAAACAAAUAUAGUUUUCAUUUGGAAACUUACUACUAUAUUUACAUACGUAAUUAUUAGAGGCCAUGAUACCGUGUCUGGUAGAUUUGUUGUAUUGCAAUAAGCUAUGUAUAAUCGCAAUUGUGUUCAUUAUUUAAUGUAAUUGUGUAUUUUCAUGUACAUUAAUGUAUAAUAAUAUAUAUUCAUAUACAUAUGGCAUGCUCUAAAUGCCUGUCGGUUAUUAGUCAUAUUAUUUUAUGGGUAUGCUGUACACCAAUGCAGGGUGACAUCAUCGUGCAGUUAGGUUAGUCAGCCAUCGUACAGAAUUCACUAGGAAUUGGCUUUGUUUCUAGGGGGACCGCGUGGAUGAUGAAUUGACGUGGUACAUUUUACAAUCUCCUCAUAAUAGAGAGGGUUUAUUUAGUCAUAAUUGACAGACGUUAGAUAUUUUCAUUAAAACGCGUUUACAGCUGAGGCGUUUAUAGUGCCUAGAUGAAAUUCAUCUGAAAUAGAACAAUAGUGUUUACCUCAACAGAAAUAUUUAAUUUCAUAGUUCUGCAUAGAUUUUAUCGGACCAUGAUUUGUAUGUUCUAGUGCCUACAAUUUCGAAGAUUAAUAUAUAUUUGACAUUAAUGAUUCAAUAAACUACUGUUAUUUUUUGUUUCGCGCAAAAUUUGCAAUGGAUAUUAAUUUGUUACGAGCCCAUAGCAUUAUGACGUACAUAAAUCAUGAAGACAAAAUGCUAAAACUAUAUGUACAAAAUGUAAAUAAUUCAUCUUUUUAAUUAAUAUACCGGCUUUUAAUUUGUUAAUCAUGAAAUAGCAACUUUCUUUUUUUCUAUUAUUAUAAUGAAUUAUAAAUAGUACAAAUGUAUUUUUAAGGUGUUUUAUGAACAAUCGUUCAAAUUAUGAAUAUAAUUUUUAACUUUUGGCGUAAAUAUAUAAUGUAUAUUUGAACUAACAAUUAAUAUAAUUAUGUAUGUGAAAUUUAAAAAACAAUAAGUCAAUGUGUUUUGUACAGAAAUGAAGCAAAUGUUAGAUAUUUUUUACUUAAAAAUCAGUAAGAGUUAUCAAAUAGUAAUAAGUACAGCUUUUGUAUCCCACAGUGAAACGUAAAAUUAGGUAGAAUUACUAGUCGGAAUUUUGCAACAAUGUAUUUUAAUAUACUGCAUAUCCAACUGUAAUUGAUAUUAUAUUCGAUUUUAAGCUUCUUUUCACAAAACACUGUAAUUCUUCAAAAUAUCAAUAUGUACCAAUAUCAAAAUAUACUUUUUAUUUCAGUUUAUUGAUGGUCUGUUUACAAUAACAUUUGGAUAUGUUUAAAAUUAUCAUACAAUUAGGAUAAAUUAAUAUAAGGUGUAUAUCGGAAAUUUAAUUAUUAAAAUUAGCUUUGAUAUUAUUAGCUGAAACCAGUGCCUAAUAUUAGCUGGAAUGGUUCUUGAGAUUACGUAAUGGAUAAGUGGAUACGUAAUUGGAUAUUUGGAUAACUCGUUUUACUUUCGGUAACGGCCAGUAACUUAAAUAGGUAACUUCGUUGGAUUUUUUUUUGUGCAAUAUGAGAAAUUAUUUUACGUCCAUUUUUUUUUUAUUAUAAAUUUACUUAUUAUGUUGUAUAUUAAUAAUAUUUAUGAAACAAAAUCGUCGGUGAGUUUAACAGUAUUUUUAUACAGUAUUUGAGAUUCAUUAUGCUAAUUAAUUAUAUUAUACACUAAAUUUAAUAUUGCAAUUUGUUCUGUAUUAUAUUGUAUGUUGUAACGUGUAGUGUAUAUUUUUUUUAAUUAGCUUCAAUCAGUGCCAAUAUCCAAUGUCUUUAAGUAAUGAAGUGAUUAAUUUUCCAAUAUUUGUUCAAAUAUUUUGUACAGAUGAAAUCCAAACCAAAUUAUUUAAGAUUUUAUUAAAACCAGAGUCACAAAUUGUUUUAGAGUCAUAACUACACACCGUUGUAAAUAUAUUUUAUCGAGAUUCACGGCGCAAUUAUAAUAUACAAAACUCUAGUCUUGAAAUUUUUAUUUAAUUUUAAUAUCAGGCUAGUAUUCGAGUUGUAAACGAACGACUGGCGAACGUACUACGAAUGAAAUAUUGUGAAAUGUAUAAAGAUUAUUAUUCGGCAUUCCAUUUUUUGUAAACCUUACAUUCCAUUGUUAGGUAGGCAAUAGACAUUGUUUUCAUUUCUCCAUAAAAGUUCUUUAUUGACUACAAUCAAAACAUUCUCUUCCAAAAACUAUGUCUAUUUCCAACCUUGUCUGAAGUGAUAUUAUGCUCACAAGCAUUCAUAAGUCGAAAGUAAAUGGUGGUUCUGUGUGCCAAUAACACGAGGUGGGAGGAUGCCUUACAUCUGUACGUUAAAUCGACAAAUAAAAACUAGAAUAAGCUUUUUAAUGUGUCUUAUUAUUUCUGCAUUUUGUACGCCUAAAUUGUUAAUCUCCUUUAAUUUCUAGUUUUGUACUACUGAGUUCGCAUCAAAUUCAUCUCAUACUAUGUAUUCCAUCAUUGCAUAAAAAAUGAGAUCUUGGGGUCAAAAUCAAAUUAUCGUACCCUUUUGGCAGCGUGCGUGUUAUAUGAUCUAUCGAUUUCUGUAAUAACAGUAAAUUAAAAGCAAGACUUAAAAGAAUCAUUUAUUCAAUAAUGAAAUAUAUCUAAAUCAGUGCAUUAUGAAAACAUAAAGUGCUCUUACUAUCUAAUUAACUGUACUUACCAUAAUAUAUACAAUUCACAUAUUUUAUGUGGUAGAAAAGUAAAAAAUAUAAAACUGCACAUAAUUACAAUAUAUAUAAAUCCCAUGUGAUUGAAAUUUCUUAUCUAUACCUACCGCCACAUAAAACAUGCGGUUAUUAUAACAUUUUUACUUCCUUAAUCUAUAUAUUUCAUAAGUGCAGUUGUAUUACAUACAUCCAUCACAAUGUCUUUCAAAUAAGUACUUAUAGUGUAAUUUUAAUUGGAGGACUAUUAAUUCCAUAAUUACACAUCCACAGUAUUUUACAUAAUUUAACCCUGCAAUAUUGUGAUGCAAUUUAAAAGUUACGUUUAAAACCAAAGCAUUAUAUGCUACAAAUUACAUUUUACCAGAAAUAUCACAAUCGUCGACAUAUUCUUGUACAUCUGUAAAUUUUAUAUUAAUUUAAGUAUCAUUUGGCAACUGUAUAGUUGCUAAGUUGGACUACUUGACUAGUAUUAUUUUGCAUCAAUCUAUUUCUCCUUUGUAAUGGUACCAUAACAAUAAAAGGACAAUUCAACAAUUCAUUAGAGAUGAUACUUGUAUUUUUGAAAAUAAUACUCGUAACAAUUUGUAAUUGGCAAUAACUGCCAAACACUUUCUAUUGAAAUAUAGAUUGGAUUUAAAUCAAUAUUACCAAAAUUGAUUUUAGGUAUAUUAUAUUAUUUUUAGUUCGACCGACCAAUUAACAAUAUUUAAACUAUGUACUUUUAAAAUCCUAUAGAAGUAAAAUCAAAUUAAACACGCUACAUACAUACAUACAUCAUAGUGUCUUAAAAUCAUCAGUCUGUGUACUAAAAAAUACCGAAACGUUCCAAAAUGAAUGCCAAGUUCAUUGAUUUUGAAACGUUAUGGGUGAGAUGGAAAAAUUUUACAAAAUAGAAAUCUACUAAGUAUAGAAGGGCAUAAAAUAAAAUAAAAUCGUAUUAGUUUUACAUGAACAUCUUGUAAAUUCAGACUUCCUUAUUCUUAUUAUAUUCGAAGUUACCUGCCAGCAAAUCUUUUAUUAUGAAUAUGCCAUAUAUCCAUCAUUCAUUGCAUUGGUGGCGAUGUGCCAGAAAAACCGUUUUAUUUGGCAAAGAUUCAGAGUAAACCAUUUAAUUUACUUCAUUAUUCGAGUAUCUAUCUCUAUCUAUAGGCAUUUUUCACAUUACUGGCCGUUUAAGCAGUUUGGAACUGCGUUAGUGUUUUAUCUCUGGUAACCAGUGCGGUAAUUGAGCAAAUUGAAUUCCCUCAAAGCAAAAUUCAUUUGAAACCAAAACCGUGUGACGAUUUUAAUAUGUUUCAAGGUAUUUAAGUAUCUGACAUACUCGUACCUAAUUAAUAUAUGGCGCUAAAUUUACAUAGCGUAGGUAUCAAUUAAAUUUCAAUGUAAGCUCUACACUUAAUCCUAUUCUAGUUGCUUAAUUCUUGUUUAUAUCGAUCAUUGCAUUGUAAUAGGAACCUGAUUGGUUAUAAUUAAGUUACUUUAAAUGUAACUUGUGGGAUCAACGUAAAUAGUAUACGGAUUGUAGAGAUAUAUUUCCAAAACAGUUAAAACGGAUCUACGUUGCUAACUCAUACUGCUACUCAACUCAGUGGUAGAAAAGAAACUAAUGGUUGUGUUGAUGAUGGAAGAUUGUUUAUCACAGAUUAUUUACGUUAUGUUAAAAAUAAAUAUUAUUUUGACUCAUUAUUUUACUGUUCUGUGUAUAAAGUAAUAUUAACGUGGUAUAUAUAUUCUGCAUUCAAAACAUUAAAAUAAAAAAAUACAAUGGAACUAUAUUU